CUCAAAGGAUAUAAUAUAUACAAAUAUAUCAUCUCUACUUUCACCUUGCCAUAAUUAGCAAGCGAGAAGCAAGUCAAUUAUUAUGGCUUCUAAAUCGAUAUUUGUUUUGGUAAUCUUUUCUCUCAUAUCACUUUUUCUGGGUACUUCCAAUGCUUGGCUUAUGCAGCCAGACUUUUAUGCCUCUAGUUGCCCUAAUGUUGAACAAAUUGUGUACAAUACUAUGAAGCAAGCCGUUAGUAAGGAACCACGUAUGGGUGCUUCUAUUCUUCGCUUGUUCUUCCAUGACUGCUUUGUCAACGGUUGUGAUGCCUCUGUACUCCUAGAUGAUACACCAACAUUUACAGGGGAGAAAACUGCUAAAGCAAAUGCAAACAAUUCAAUAAGGGGUUUUGAAGUGAUUGAUGCAAUCAAGUGUAAUCUUGAAGCUGCUUGCCCCCAAACUGUAUCAUGUGCAGACAUUCUAGCUCUUGCGUCACGAGAUGGAGUUAGAUUGUUAGGAGGCCCCACAUGGAAAGUACCACUAGGUAGAAGAGAUGCAAGAACAGCAAGCCUAAGCUUGGCAAACAAAAACCUUCCACCCCCAUCUUCAAGCCUUGCUAACCUCACUUCACUCUUUGCAAGACAAAAUUUAAACAUCAAUGAAAUGACCGCCCUCUCCGGCGGCCACACCAUCGGCCUCGCUCGUUGCAUCAACUUCCGACCACAUAUCUACAACGACACCGACAUCGAUCCCAGCUUUGCAGCCACACGCCAAGCCAACUGCCCUAAACAAGCUGGAAAUGGAGACUUCAACUUAGCCCCUCUUGAUCUUCAAACUCCAACCAAAUUCGACAACGAUUAUUUUCAAAACCUUGUUAAGAAACGCGGUCUAUUACAUUCGGAUCAAGAGCUUUACAAUGGUGGCUCUCAAGAUUCCUUGGUGAAGAAGUAUAGUACUAAUCAAGCUGUUUUCUUUCAAGAUUUUGUCGCCGCGAUGAUCAAGAUGGGGAACAUUAAGCUUCUUACUGGUACUAAAGGAGAGAUUAGAAAGAACUGUCGUGUUAUCAAUUAGAUUAUUGUUAGUAACAUCAUCAUCAGUUUAUUUCAUAAUUAUGGUUUUAAUUAAACUUGUGCGUCUAUAUAUGAUCUGUAUUAAUUGUUGUUAGUGUUGUUACGUGGAAGUUGGAAUUAUAUCCGAGUAGUGAUUGAUGGGUGUGAAAGUUGAAAAGAACAGGUGUAAUUAAAUACUCCAUUUCUUAUUAUAAAAUAAACUUGCAUGCAAAUGAAGUCGUAUAA